GGGGCGGCUUCUGAGUCGCUCGCGGGGCGUGGGGCGGUGCUGGCAGCCGAGGCUCAGGCGAGCUCGACGCCGGGACUGUCCAGGGAGGCGCAGCGCAGCGCGGCGGGAACCCUCAGUCGGAGUAGCUCGGGAGCCGGAGCAGCCGCCGCCGCCGCCGUCCGCGGAGCGCAGCCGAGCCGGCCAUGGCGUUGUCGAUGCCACUGAACGGGCUGAAGGAGGAGGACAAAGAGCCCGUCAUCGAGCUCUUCGUCAAGGCUGGCAGUGACGGUGAAAGCAUAGGAAACUGCCCCUUUUCCCAGAGGCUCUUCAUGAUUCUGUGGCUCAAAGGCGUUGUAUUUAGUGUCACAACCGUGGACCUGAAAAGGAAGCCUGCUGACCUGCAGAACUUGGCUCCCGGGACCCAUCCACCAUUUAUAACUUUCAACAAUGAAGUCAAAACGGAUGUAAAUAAGAUUGAAGAAUUUCUCGAAGAAGUCUUAUGCCCUCCCAAGUACCUGAAGCUUUCACCAAAACACCCCGAAUCAAAUACUGCUGGAAUGGACAUCUUUGCCAAAUUCUCUGCAUAUAUCAAGAAUUCAAGGCCAGAGGCUAAUGAAGCCCUGGAGAGGGGUCUCUUGAAAACUCUGCAGAAACUGGAUGAAUAUCUGAAUUCCCCCCUCCCCGACGAAAUUGAUGAGAACAGUAUGGAGGACAUUAAGUUUUCUACACGUAAAUUUCUGGACGGCAAUGAAAUGACAUUGGCUGACUGCAACCUGCUUCCCAAACUGCACAUUGUCAAGGUGGUGGCCAAAAAAUACCGCAACUUUGACAUUCCGAAAGCGAUGACCGGCAUCUGGAGAUACCUGACCAACGCCUACAGUCGGGAUGAGUUCACCAACACCUGUCCCAGUGACAAGGAGGUGGAAAUCGCUUAUAGCGACGUAGCCAAAAGACUCACCAAGUAAACUGGCCUUUGUGAGAGAGAGGUCUUCACGUCUUCCCCUAAGAACAUGCUUCUCCUAACAGACUGCUCCUGUUCCUAUAAAGUAGAAAUCUUAUUUUGCAUGAACGUGCAGUUAUUCAGGAUUAGGAUAAAGGAUAGACAAGGCAUAGUAGCUGUUGUUAAGUACACACUCCUAAGCAGUAUUAUGUUAAAAUUCUUCACUCUGUCUCCCCCUCCUGCCCAUAGCCCCCCCCUUCCCCCACUUGGGGACACUCCGUCCGCUCUUUUCACCUUAGGGCUGGCUUGCCAUCCCUCCAGCGCCCUCACUGGUGUGUCUGCUCACUGUGUAGACCACAAAACCUGUGCGUGCUGUUGACGUUGACCACGGCCGCCUCAGUCAGGCCGCCUGCUGGCGCGCGAAGCGGGGCCCAAGGCUUCUCUGUGUCUGGGAUUUUAGCCUCCCUCCUAUCAGAAUACGCCGUGCCCAUCAGGUUCAGGAUAACCCAGCCUGUCCCGGGUGGGCUCCCACCAGGGGAGAGAGCCUUCCACUGAAAGUCACUACACUCUUCGCUGUUUCACGUCUGUACGUGGGUGUUUACUUUCCCCGAAAGCAUUUAUCCUUCAUACCGGUGAUAACGCCUGACACUAUGUAGCUACGUAGAAGCUAGAAGUGUAGAGAGAGGGAUGAUAAUCCUCAAGGUCUUCCUCAAGCAUUUUAUCCAUAGGAGAAGAACCAGUGGGCACCUGUUGUUCUGUCUAAAUGUCUUACAGGUUUGCGUUUUUUUGUUUUGUAUGUACUUUGCCCAGUGCCAUUCCUUUGGAACAUUAUGGCUGCCCUCCUUUAUUUAAAAAGCUCCUGUUAGGUAAGCGUAGACCUUGCCGUCUGUAGAUCUUUUGAGCAACACACUACGUAAACUGAUAUUUAGUUGACUUUGCAGUACAAGGAUUUGUGAUGUCAAGAUUAACCCUCACGAUACUAACCUAAGGCAUGUAGGGUGGGUUCAUCAAAAUGUCAGCUGGGAUUGCGUUUCUGAGGCCUGUGUCAUUAGUAUGGGUACCCUAAAGAAUGCAUCAUCCAUCCCGUCUUGGAAACAGGACGAAACACACACGACGAGCUUCCCCAUUCCACCCCCGUUCGCUGUUCAGCUUUGGGCAGAGAGAGGAUGUUCGCUCCUUUGGGACUGAGUUGGGACUGAGUGGUAGCUGUGACGGUGAGCACGGAUUGACUCAUCUCAGUCGCUGUACUUCCCUCAAUUAAAUGCUUCUAAAGCCACCCGGAGGAGUAGCACUCCGCGUGCUUGUUUUUUCAAUUGAAGUCCUAAACCAGGGGUAACCUGUGCUCUGACAAGGGGGGACGAACUUGAUAAAAAUAAAACAAAAGUCUGCUAUGUGUUUAUUCAUCAAAAAAACCCCAUACUUUAUAAAUACCACUUCAAAGACCCUGGCUGUGACUAGACUACAUUUUUGGUCAUCUUUUAUAUGUAACUUAGUUUAAGAAGUGCUAUUUCUCAUAGGCUGUUUUUGGAAAUUUAAGUCUAUUAUUGCUUUCAAACGGCAGUGCUUUCCCCCCUGUGAUAUGGUAACAUAUGGUGUUCUGGAAGCAGCCCGAGUUUUAUGAACAUUCUGCAUCUUUAUGAGUAAUUGCUUGGGCACAAGGAUGAGCUCCGUGUUGUAUCCGUUCGGCUCAGGGACGCCUCUUUGCCUUACCUUUCUUCGAGCUUGUUAUUGCUGAUCAAACUUUGGGCACCCACCUUUUUUUAUAAUUAAAUAUUGGAUGGUGACUUACCUGGUUCCAAGCAAAGCACUCAGGUUAUCCUUGGGAAGGUCUAGAGCAGAAGCUUUGGUGGGCGAAAAUGUCACCUGCACCAGGGCGCCAGGCUGCACACAGCCAUCGCCACUUCUCACCCACUUUUUAAGUGGUAAGUUGGCACUCGGGUGAUCCUGAACCGUGCCUCAUAGCCUGAAGUAUGAAAAAGGUUCAAGAGAAGGAGGGAGGGGUCUGUUCUUCCAAGUGGUGGGCUAAGUGGUGCAAAGGAGAGGGUAAUGAAGACGGAGGGACACUCGUCAGAGUAGAGUGAUGGAAACCACGCCCUGGGAUUCGGUCGUGAAGUAUUUUCACUUUGGAUAUUUAUUCCCUUCAGUGUCCUUUUGAGAUUUAGCCCGUGAUUAUACUUGGCUAUCUCUCUUAAUACCCAAGGAAGGCAGGUUUAUCUCUUCUGACUUUGAUGUAGAAAGCCUUUAUUACUUUAUCAGGGAAGAUAGUUAAAUGACAUUGAGAUUGGCAAAUGGACAAAAGCUAGUAAAGAGGAUAAUCUCCCAGAACGUGCUUUUUUUUUUUUUUUUUUUUUUUUUUAAAUCCCACUCUGUACUUGUGGAAAGGCCAUAGCUUAGAAUCUUGGGAGAUGUUAGGACAUCAACGUUUUCAUGGCAGUUCAUGUAGUGCAUGAAUUGACGUAAUGCAGACCAUCUGAUAUCAUUUCUACAACUAAAUAGUUUACCCCUUCAUGUAAACUCACCCUUACGUUCCACUUCAACAAGAUUAGAUUCUGAAUGGAAACUCUCACUGUUUCCCAAGAGAUUUUGAGACAUUUUUGUGUCAAACAGUUGGAAAGCUCUUUACUGUUUCAGCUGAUACAGCGUCCUUUUUUGUUUUAAUGUAGAUGCGGAUACUCUCUACCCUUAAUCUUUUAUUAAGAUUAUUGACUUUGUGAUGAAAAUCACAUGAGAUUCGAUUUCUUGGUAACUCAGCUUACACAAUUUAUCUUUAAAUUCUUGAGCAAUCUGUUUGCAAUUAAGAGAUUUCUGGCAUCCUUACACUAAGUUGAUCAUCUUUAGAAUUUAGGCAUUUUAACUUCAGUUGACUUUUGAAUCUCUCCAGAGUUAUGUAGAUAGCUUUUAUUUCUGUAUAUUUAAAAUAUCCAUUUAGAAAAUAUCUGCGAGGUAAAAAAUGAGAAGAAAUAGCAAUGUAUUUUUUCAUGAACAUUUUGAUACACAUUUCAUCGUUUAUUGAUUAACCAUUUUCUUAUACUGGUUAUAAUCAGUAUUUGAUUCUGAGGGGGAAGUACUCAUUAUUGAUAUACUGUAUGGGCCUUUUUUAUUCCAUCCUUUACAAAUGAUCAAGAUCGGAGCUGUCAAAAUUAUAUUUUUGUCAUGGAAAAAAUUUCAACUCCCCAAGUCCUAAUGUUGAACAGAAUUGGAAUAUUUUCUUUAGAAUUACUUGAAAAGGCAAAUGAAAGCUUAUGAUAGAAUGCUUGUAUUUUCUUUUCUCUUUCUAGAACCAGUAUAUUGCUGGCAGCUAUUGUAUUAAAAAAUAAAGUAUAUUUUCACUAUCAUAAAAGGUUCUUUUUUCCCCCCUCAUGAAAAUAAAUAGCAACCUGGGGUAAAAGUG